AUGGUCUUCAAGAAUGGGCAGUGUGUUUUUUCUGGAAGCUCAUCAGAUCCAGUGACUAGCUUGGAUUGUCCUCACAUAUUACUGAAUAAAUCUGAAUUCGAAAUUUCUGAUGAAGGGAGACUGGUCAUAUUGAGCUCUAAAUACGUUUAUGAUCCCGAGUUAUAUGAACUUUUGAAAGACAGCAACCAAGUUGCCGUCUGCAGUAACUUUACUCAAAACUAUACUUCGUCUGAACUUGAAUAUAAUUUUGAUGAUGUUCAGGCCAUAUUAUCUGUGAUAGGAAUAACGUUAUCUAUAAUAGGAUGUGUUCUAACUAUUUGUGUAUAUUUAAGUUUUAAAUCAUUGAGGAAUAUUCCUGGGAAAAUUGUGAUAUCUUUAUGUAUUUCUCUAAUACUAGCUUACCUUACCAUGUUGAUAGGUCCUGCAAUGCGAGAGAAUUUCGCUGGAUGCAAGUCUUUUGCCAUUAUGAUGCAUUAUUUUUUCUUAGUUGCGUUUUUCUGGAUGAACGUUAUGGCUAUAGACGUAUGGUAUACUUUUGCUUAUCACCAAGCUGGUGGAAGUAGUGAACGGUCAACAAGAUUCCGCUUUUAUGUUCUUUACGUUUUCAUCAUGGCCUCCAUACCUGUUAUUUUAUCCACCAUCUUGAAUGAAACUGAAAUCGCAGACGACUUCUCUCCACAUUACGGAGAAGGAAUUUGUUGGUUUACCAGAAGAAAUGCUCUAUUGGUUUUCUUUGGAUUACCCUCGCUAUUGGUCUUAAUCGCUAAUGUCAUUUUAUUUCUGAUCGCAGCCAAUACCAUCUACUCGGCCCAGAAAAAUUCUGUUCGUCUGUUGGGAAAAGAAGAUAAAAGCAUGCUCUCUAUUUACGUUAGAUUGACUAUUGUGAUGGGGGUGGCCUAUUUGUUUGGAUUUCUGGUGCCUUUGUACAACCAUCCGGCUAUCUUGUAUAUCUUUAUAAUCCUGAAUACACUGCAAGGGUUGUUUAUCUUUGUAUCCUUUGUAUGUACACGCAAAGUUCUUGGUCUGAUACGUGAAAGAGCCAAUAAUUGGAGUCAGAGUCGAUCUGACGGUUCGUAUUCUGGUAGCAGAUCAACCACUAAAUCAUCAGCAGUUUCUUUUCGACCGACAACAGGAAAGUUCUAG